AUGUGCUGGAAAAAAUGCAACCAUGACUACUGUACUACUUGCUGGAUACCUAGACUCUUGGCAAUUCUUAGUUUCUUCACUUGCCAAUACAUCAAACCAGCACAUCUGGAGGAUGAUGGGGAAAAUGAUGCCAGAAGCUGCUCAUCCUGCUGCUGUACUUAUAAAAGAUCUUGGAAAAAUUGCUGUAUUGUGAUGCUGUAUAUUACAAUAGUACUAUCAGUAUUACUGGUUAUUCCCAUCAGUGUAUAUCCUACUGGUGCAUUCAUUGCUGGGUGGGCUACAUGUCCAUACAGAUACAGUGAAGAAUCAAGGUCAAUUUGUUUUACUAUUGCCACAAAUGAAGAUACUACUGGAGUCGAUAUCAUAUUGAGAGAAACUGAAGAUGAGUUGAUACAUGCUAAUAACACACAUCAUGUGCAAAAGUUCAUUGAUCUUACUAAGAUAGCAAUACUGUUCUCAACAUUAGCUAAUGGAGUAUCACAACUGUUCUUCAUAUGGGCACUGGUCCGUCUAUUUCUUAGACAUUACAAGUGGUCACGUGAGACAAAGUUGAGCUGGUGGAAAAAAUUCAAACUGUAUUGCUGUUGCACAAGAGAUAAACGAACUGAUGAUAAGAAAGUGAUACCAUUAGAUCCUUUUAAUGAUGAUCAUGAAAAUGAAUUUAUUGAACCUACUUCAAUUGCUGUUGUGUAUCAGCAUAAACUUGAACAAGUUAUAAUAUUAGAAGACCCUCAGGUGGAACCAGGGUCUCAGGUGGAACCAGAAUCUCAGGCGGAACCAGAAUCUCAGGCGGAACCAGAAUCUCAGGCAGAACCAGGACAUCAGGUGGAACCAAAGACUCAAGUGGAACCAGGGCUUCAAGCAGAACCAGGGCCUCAGGAGGAACCAGGACCUCAAACAAAACUAGGGCCUCAGGCGGAACCAGGGCCUCAAGCAAAACCAGGACCUCAGGUGGAACCAGGACCUCAAACGGAACUAGGGCCUCAGGUGGAACCAGGACCUCAAGCAGAACCAGGGCCUCAGGCGGAACCAGGACCUCAGGUGGAACCAGGGCCUCAAGCAGAACCAGGGCCUCAAGCAGAACCAGGACCUCAGGUGGAGCCAGGGCCUCAAGCAGAACCAGGGCCUCAGGCGGAACCAGGGUCUCAGGUGGAACCAGGACCUCAUGCAGAACCAGGGCCUCAGGCGGAACCAGGACCUCAGGUGGAACUAGGGCCUCAAGCAGAACCAGGGCCUCAAGCAGAACCAGGACCUCAGGUGGAGCCAGGGCCUCAAGCAGAACCAGGGCCUCAGGCGGAACCAGGGUCUCAGGUGGAACCAGGACCUCAUGCAGAACCAGGGCCUCAGGCGGAUCAACAAGAAAAUAAAAACUUUUUCUCCCAACAAGACACCAGUACCAGUACAUUACUUCAAAGUGAGAGAUUAUGCCAUUACAACACAUGGUUUGCUAUUGGGUUGUUUAUGAUUGUGGCAAUCAGUAUUUUCUUUCUUUCUAUUCAAUAUCAUUUCAAUGAAAUAACAAUUAAUUGGCUGGAAUUUGUUGCUACUUCCUGUUAUGCAUUGUCGUUAUUUCGUACUAUUGUCAGUUGCUUUAUAUUCUCAAAGUUGAUGUACGCUAUACAGAGAAAAUGUGAAGAAAUAGAAAUGUAUGUAUAUUACACUAAUGACAACAUCAAUGAGACUAAUGACAAAAUAAAGAAAUACAUAGAAACGAUA